AUGGAGCACUACCUGCCCGGCCAUGUGCGGGACUACAAGCUGGACACGCAGUUCCGUCCGGAUGGCGGAAUUGUCCACUUUGUGCAGGAUCCGCAAGCGCCUCCCCCAUCGUCAAAGUACUCUAGGCACUUCGUCAAGGCACUGGGAUGGUUCGCGUCCAGGAGGCACCUAUAUAUCGCAAUGGAGCAUCUCCCCGAGGGGGAUCUGGAGACAUAUCUUGCCGGCAACCUGUUACUCGAAGAUGACGCUCGCCAGAUUGCCGUCCAGGUACUUCAAGGCUUGGCGGCUAUGCAUGGAGAAGGCUAUGCACACCGCGACAUAAAGCCCAAGAAUGUUCUGAUUCAACAACGUCCAGGACCCAUGGGAGCCAGUUCUUGGUGGGUCAAGCUUGCAGACUUUGAUACGAGCAAGCAGCUCGGACUGUCUGCCGUGACAAGAAGCACAGCGCAUUUCAGUUGGAAUUACGUGGCGCCCGAAGUGCUAUUCGAUCAAGCAGGCCCCUCGAGUAUCGACCACCCAGCGACAGACAUGUGGGCCUUGGGCGUCAUGACCUUCUACAUGUUGACCAAGUCUCAUUUGUUUCCCUGGCAGCAGAAUCUGUCACAAUACAGAAGAAGCCCAGACGAGAUCUUUGGCAACAAACUAGACGAGUACCGAGUCGGGCGGGAAGGGCAAGAAUUCAUUCGCGCUUUGGUGAGGCUAGAGCCAGCUGAGCGACUGAACGCCAAAGAAGCAAGCCGUCAUGAAUGGGUGCGGGAUGGGAUUCCCCUCGAGCCACUAAUCUCAGACGCCCGCAGCGAAUCUCCGGCCUCAUCACUGUAUCCGGAAAGUUCGAUCGACGAGGAGAGAGGCAUGACAACGGAUGUCUCGCAAGAAACCGGUCCCCAGGGCGCGCCAUCGACCUGGAGCGAUCAGUUGUCGAUGAUUACGGCUCCAGAGCAAGCAUACGUCGAGAUACUCGGCAGACAGGGAAUAAUUCGACCAGCCGAUACUGGCAUGAACCUGCGGGUUGGGGCGGGUCAGUAA